AUGCUAGCACGUGGCAAAGAUGUCCCAGAUGGCAAACAAUUCAGAAAAUCUGAGCUUCCGUCAAAAUUUGCUCCAGGGCACAAGACAAUGGAAGGGUUUGGGAAAUCAACACCGGAAGAGAUCAAAAGGAAAAAGAAGGAGAAGCAGGAAAGGAAACAUCAGCAAGCGAUGAGGGAGGAAAGGAACAGGCUGAAACGUCAGCGCGAGCAGGGACUUGACGCGAUCGAUGACGCAUCUCGCCCGAUAAAGACUCCUCGCAAGGAUGGUGAUGAUGUCAGCUCACAAGCUGCAGAACGACCAAAUAGACGUGAAAAGAAGAACGCAAAUCUGUCAGAAGAGGAUAGGAGAAGAAAUGAAUUCCGGAAUAAGUUGAAUUGUUGUAUGAGGAAUGCAGACUUCAAGAAAGCGAUUGAAAUCGUCAAGGACAUGGAAACAGAAAACUUUACACUUGAUCAGCAGCAAUACGCUCAAAUGUUCAACCUGUGCGCUUCUUCUGGAGAGGAUGACUGGAAGGAAGGCGAGAAGAUGCUUGACAAGUUGAACCGGGAAAUGAGAGAAAGCAAACUGACAGAGACCUCUAACGACGAAAAGAACUUGGCGUCCGGCAUCGUCAAGUUUUGUUCGUGUACAGGCAAACACAAAGAAGCUCUUGAAACUUGGACGCGAAUGGUGGAGGAGCGGGUGAGCAAGGGAGUGAUUAUGAUAAGGACCAAUGCAACAAACAGAGACAUGGAAGCGAUGUUCGACGUGUACAAGGACUCGCAGACUGAGGACGUGGACCUCCUCGAAGAGGAUUUCUUGAACAUUAUCAAGGCUUGUGUAGCAACUAAAAAGACAAAGCGCAUCUUUGAAGUGUUGGAAGCAAUGAUGGAGCUUAUCUACUCCCUCCAACCUGAAACUCUUCAAUCUCUCAAGCAAGUUUUUGAAUCGAUGGACCGAAGAUGUAAAUUCACUCACAUUAACGACCCGAAGGGAUUUUGUCCUGAAUGCAAGAAAAAUCUUAUUUCUCUGGAUCUCACCAAGGACAUGCUACUCGCCCUCAUCAGUUGGUUUCAGGAUGAGUUGUCGCAGCUCUGUGACCAAAUUAAUUCGCUCGCUCGAGUUGGAGAUGCUCAGUCCGCUGCCUUCGAUGCUUUCAAGAGCUGGCUUAACAGAUCGAGUCUCCCGGAUGUGAUCAUCGAUGGAGCCAACGUGGGAUAUUACAGCUUGCGACCAGAUCAAGGAGAAAAGCUCAGCUACAUGCAGGUCGACAAGAUCGUUCAAUGGUUCAAGGAGAGGAAGAUGAAGCCUCUGCUUGUCAUGCACUCGCGCCAUUUCCACAAAGACGCGCUCAAAGACAAACCGCAAGAAGCUUCGGUUGUGCAAAGGUUGGUGCAGAUGCUGAUGGGAGCGAGGAUGGAGGAGGCCAUGGAGGAGGCAAUGAACGAUGAUUGGUUCUGGUUGUAUGCUGGAGCAUGGUGUUCAAAGCAGAAAGGAAAAGUUUUCAUUGUCAGCAACGAUCAGAUGCGAGAUCAUCAUUUCCAGGCAUCUAGUUUGCAUUGGGUCAACUUUCACUUCGACGAACGUCAUGGCGCCUCUGACCCCGUCCUGGCGUUCCCCUCGGACUACUCCUACCGCAUGCAGCCGCGGCAAGACGAUCAAGCGAUGUGGCAUUUUCCGUCGGCCACCAAACAGUCAGACUGGCUCUGCUGCGCAAUCUGA